AUGCCUCGCAGCAGCUUGCUUCUCCUCGCCGCCUCGGCGUUCGCGGCUCCCGCAGACGACGGCUCCUCCGCCCGCUGCACCCUCCCCGACGGCUGCCCGCCGGUAAACGGGUCGCAGUGGGUGGGCGUGGUUUCGAGCGGCAGCCUCGGCCCGGUACCCUCGCUGCUGCUGAUCGGCACACGAAAGGGUGGCACCACCUCACUCAGCAAGCAGCUCCUCCUCCACCCGCAUGUCCUCGCUCCGAACUGCGCGUACGACCGCAGCGAGUGGCCCGUGCGCGCGGCGCGAACCACGUGCGUCUGGGACAAGGAGGUGCGCUACUUCUCGCGAGGCGUCGGCGUCGGCCUCGACUUUUGCUGGUACCGCCGCCGCUACCCGUGCGCCUCGCCGCCACACGUGACGUUUGACGGCUCGCCAGACCGCCUCGCCCUCGCACGAUCGCGCUGA